AUGUGCAGCCGGCGCCCUCUCCGACAGCGGGCCCUGACCCCAGUCCCGCACCGUAUUCCUCGUUUUUUUAGUUUCCAAUCUCAGCUUCGCGUUGCACACUGGAACUUCAGAGUCCGCAGCCAGCGGUAUCGGGUACGGCCCCUGCCCCACAUUUCCGCCGUCCCCGCGGGACCAUUCCGGCAGCGGCGAUCGACGCAUGCCCCUGAAGACCCCGAUGUGUCCUCAUUUCGUGGCGCAACAUGUGGAGAUGGCACCGUCAAGAAAGAAGCGAGCGGAGCCAACGCACAUCCCAGCCGCUUGCUUUCCGGCUGCGCUGCGCAUCUCUGCACUCAAGACGAGCCUUCCAAGGGGGUGACGUGCCGUUUCUGUACCACCAUCGGCCUCGGGUUGUUCGGCGGGCACGGGUCGGCAAGGGGCCAUCCCCGGGUUCACAUGGAGCCGACCUUGCGCUUGUGGUCACUGCAUGGAGGGGGAUUUUAUGGGUUGUGGUCGCCCCCUUUGGAUGCCCCUGCCACCUGGAGAACGUCACUGAACACGGUGACCGCUGGUCCGGGCGGCGUCAGCCUGACGGAAUAG